CUGGCUUGCAAUAAGAAAAUGACGGUCGCGCCAUGCGGGGGAUCAAUUGAUCAUCUACUACACAGCAGCUCUGAAGACACUGCGAGGGUACCUUUGGGUCAUGCGGUGAACAGGCUCCAUUGACAUGAGCUGCGACAGAGGGAAUCGGGAGGUGGUCAUCAUGGGAAAGAGGGGAGAGCGUCUGGUCCGCAAUGAAUUCACUCACCGCUUUGCUUUACCCCGCAAGUCAUCCCUGUCCUUAGCAAUGUAUGCGUGUCAAACGUGGGAAGCUGGUAACACAGAUUAUAUGCAAGACGUGUCAGAGAGAAGAAAGGGGGAAAAGGCGGUAAACAACCUAAGGACAGAUCUUCAUACAGGCCACUGCAAUUCCGAAGAGCGUAAUUUUGCAUUGGGCCCACGUCGCGAUGGGUCUUGGCCUUUGUGGGUUGGCGCACGGCCGGGCGGCUGUGAAAAGGUUAUAGAGAUAUGGAAUGUGAAGGGGGAGAAUGACACAGGCCGUGGAGAUGGUGGACACGAUAGGCCCAUUGAUCGAUCCCAGAGCCUCUGUUUCGAUUCUUAUGGUGAUGAUUGCCUCUGGGCGGACCAUGCCCGGGGGAUGCAAUGCACCCGUCGUAACGCGUUCCCUAUGUUGAACCCACGAGUACUGUGGAACGCUGCAAGGAAACAACGAGUUGCGGACGUCAUAGACGAAGAAGACAUCUCACGAUUGUGCGAUGUCAACAUUUCCGGUGGAGUCUCAGCAGAGACACCGAUACUAGGACAAAAACUAGGAGAGUCUCGUAUUUACGUUGAUCAAUGCCGAUCAAGAAAUUGGCUGGAGGUGAUGGGCUUCCUAGUGCGAGAAACGACGGGUCUUGUGAUAGUAAGGGAGGAAUGCAAAGCAGAGGAUGUACGAGAGGAAAACGAAGGACACCCAGGAAGAAUAGGUGGCCGAGAAAUGGACUGA